GCGCAUGCGCUUUAACAAGACAAACGAUAAAUAGUCGUUUGAGUAAUUCUUUUUCAAUAUUUCAGUAUCUUGAUUAGUGAACAGUUUAACAAUGUACAACGGAAUUGGUCUUCAAACUGCUAGAGGAUCUGGAACCAAUGGAUAUGUUCAGAGAAAUACAGCCUUUAUUAAAAAGGCGAAAGGUAAAGUUGACUAUAAAACUGAAGCACAAUUAGCUCCACCAGAGAGAAAGCCAAAUCAAGAGCUUUUGGAACAUGAGCUAAAGAGACAAAUUGAAAUCAAGUGUAUGGAAAUGGAAGACCUAAUGUCGUCACAAGGGUUUCCUGAUGACGAAAUUCAAAAGAAAGUAAGUAAAUUUCGAGAAAUGCUGCGCAAGGAACAACUUGCUGACGAUGGAGCAUACGUCAAAGAUGUUAGGGGGAAAGUAAUGUCCCAGGCUACUCAUUGCAAAAUUGCAAUGAAUCAACAAAAGAAUCAGGCUUUAAAAGAUGCUCUUAGAAUUAGUAGAGAUUACGUUGAUGGAAGUUCUCUUAGUGCAAAUAAACUAGAAAUGGAGCAAAACGCAAGAGAAAAGAGAAAAUUAAAAGAAGAAGAGUCAAAGAGAGAGAGAGAGAAAGAAAGAAAUAGCGAAAUGGAAAAGGAAAAAGCCUCGAAACAACAAGAAAGAGAGCCCUUGCCAAAAGAAAAAAAAGCUAAGAAGAGAACGCAUAAACGGUCGAAGUCUAGCUCUUCAUCAUCAUCGUCAUCAUCAUCGUCUUCCUCGUCUUCAUCAUCAGAUUCUUCGGACUCCUCCAGUUCGUCGGACUCUGAAAGUCCUCUUUCAGAUUCAGAACAUGAAAAACCAAAAAAGAAAAGAGGAAAACUUCAUAGAAAGCACUCUGACUCAUCAAAAGAUUCUGAAGGGAGAGGCAGCAGACCAAGAAAGAAUACAUCAUAUGAUAAACCAAGAAACAGACAAAGAUUCAUUUCAGAAGAAAGAGAUGAUAGAUUUGAAAAGCAAAUGGGAGAUCGAGUAAGAUCUAAGAAUUCAAUAAAUUUUGGAGAAGGAGAGAUGUUAACUUGUGAGUGGAAUGAGUGGGUUGUUGAAAAUGAAGGAAAAUUUCGCAAGUCCAACCAAACCUGCUCUGUUAGCUGUUCUGAAAAUGGUUUGGGAGGUGUUUUGCGGUUACGACAGAGACGAACAUUUAAGGGAAAAGCAAAAGCCCUUUGUCCCGGUGAUGAUUAUACAUGGAUUCAUGAAUCGUGUAAUUAUGGUGUUAAAUGCCCAAUAAAUGGUGGUUGGACAAGUUGGAAGCUUGUUAAAAAAUGCGAUUGUUCCAAAGGAGUCUUCUUUACGACAAGUGAAAGAAGUUGUCAAAAUCCUAAACCUCAGAAUAAUGGAAAAAGCUGUAAGGGUAAAAGCAUUACAACCAGAAGAUGUUCUUGUAUUGAUUCUGUAUCUCUGAAAGAAAAAGCAAUAAAUGAAUCACAUAAUUGGUCACCUUGGUCGUCCUGUAUGUGCAACGAGAGUAAUACAUACAAAGAGCGGACUAUUAACGACUGUGAUAGAAUGAUUUCUGGUGUCUGCUACGAGAGAGAAGAAGGAUGCUUGUUUAACGGAAAUUGUUCAAGUAAAUUUUAA